AUGCCAAAAGGGAUGGCUUCAGCCACCACAUUUUCACUAAUGUUACAGUUUCUGUUAUUAAUAUUUUGUUCAUUCAACCAGUUAAGCUUGGCAUUCACUUCGCAAGACUACCAUGAGGCUCUUGAGAAAUCCAUUCUCUUCUUUGAGGGACAGCGAUCUGGAAAGUUGCCUUCCAACCAGCGCCUCACAUGGAGAGCAGAUUCUGGAUUGUCCGAUGGCUCUUUUUAUCAUGUGGACCUAGUAGGUGGUUAUUAUGAUGCUGGAGACAACGUUAAGUUUGGGCUACCAAUGGCCUUCACCACUACAUUACUAGCAUGGAGCGUCAUUGAGUUUGGAAGCUCAAUGCAGGAACAGAUUGAUAAUGCUAGAGCCGCUAUUCGGUGGAGCACUGACUACCUUCUUAAGGCUGCCACCACCACUCCUGAUACAUUAUAUGUCCAAGUAGGAGACCCGAACAUGGAUCACAGGUGUUGGGAAAGGCCUGAAGAUAUGGACACUCCACGAAACGUGUAUAAGGUAUCAGCUCAAAACCCAGGGUCGGAUGUAGCGGCAGAGACGGCAGCAGCGCUCGCAGCUUCUUCAUUAGUCUUCAGAGAUUCGGAUCCCAACUACUCCUCCAUAUUGCUCCAAGCAGCCAUCAAAGUAUUCAAUUUUGCAGAUCGUUACAGGGGCUCUUACAGUGACUCUCUCAAUUCAGUGGUCUGUCCAUUCUACUGCUCUUACUCUGGUUACCAUGAUGAGCUUCUAUGGGGCGCAUCAUGGAUUUAUAAAGCCUCAGGAAUUAGCUCCUACAUGCAAUACAUACGAUCAAAUGGGCACGUAUUAGGCGCUGAUGAUGAUGAUUACUCUUUCAGUUGGGACGACAAGCGACCUGGAACAAAAGUCCUGCUUUCCAAGGAAUUUUUGGAGAAAAAUUCUGUAGAGUUCCAAUUAUAUAAGGCACAUGCAGACAAUUACAUAUGUUCGCUGAUGUCGGGAACCCCUCGUUUCCAGGCUCAGUUCACCCGAGGGGGGCUUCUGUAUAAAGGGAGCGAAAGCAAUUUGCAGUAUGUGACAUCGACGACGUUCCUUCUCUUGACAUACGGAAAGUAUCUGAAGGAACAUGGAGGAGUUGUGUCGUGUGGGACUUCAACGGUGACGGAUGAGAGUGUGGUAGCACUGGCCAAAACACAAGUGGAUUACAUUAUGGGGAACAAUCCCGCAAAGAUGUCUUAUAUGGUGGGUUUUGGGGAGAGGUAUCCAAAGCAUAUCCACCACAGGGGUUCCUCUCUACCUUCCAUUCAUGCCCACUCUCAACGCAUUUCCUGCAACAAUGGCUUUCAAUUCCUCUAUUCAGCCUCACCCAAUCCUAACCUCCUCGUUGGAGCCAUCGUCGGUGGUCCCGAUAGCAACGACAAUUUCUCUGAUGAUCGCAAUAACUAUCAGCAGUCAGAGCCUGCAACCUACAUCAAUGCACCUUUCGUCGGUGCUGUUGCCUUCUUCUCUGCCAUUCCCACAACUUUGUAA